GUGCCACUGACUCUUGAUUCCAUGGACACAGCCCCAGCCCCGAUGGGAUCCCUUCAGCACUGCUGUUGCCAGCUGCCUAAGAUGGGUGACACCUGGUCCAAGCUGCCCUGGCCUGGGACGUCCUGCCCAACCGUGCUGCUGGUCUCCCUCUUCUUGGCAGCUGGGGUGAUGCACUCGGAUGCUGGCACCAGCUGCCCUGUCCUCUGCACAUGCCAUAACCAGGUGGUGGAUUGCAGCAGCCAGCGGCUAUUCUCCGUGCCCCCAGACCUCCCAAGGGACACUCACAACCUCAGCCUGGCCCACAACCGCAUUGCAGCUGUGCCGCCCGGCUACCUCACGUGUUACAUGGAGCUCCAAGUGCUGGAUUUACGCAACAACUCCUUGAUGGAGCUGCCCCCGGGCCUCUUCCUCCAUGCCAAGCGCCUGGCACACCUGGAUCUGAGCUACAACAACCUCAGCCAUGUGCCGGCUGACAUGUUCAGGGAAGCCCAUGGGCUCGUGCACAUCGACUUGAGCCACAACCCGUGGCUGCGCAGGGUGCACCCUCAGGCCUUCCAGGGCCUGGUGCAGCUCCGAGACCUGGACCUCAGCUACGGGGGCCUGGCCUUCCUCAGCCUCGAGGCUCUCGAGGGCCUGCCUGGCCUGGUGACCCUGCAGAUCGGCGGCAACCCUUGGGUGUGCGGCUGCACGAUGGAACCCCUGCUGAAGUGGCUACGGAACCGGAUCCAGCGCUGCACAGCAGAUUCUCAGCUGGCUGAGUGUCGGGGCCCCCCUGAAGUCGAGGGUGCCCCACUCUUCUCCCUCACUGAGGAGAGCUUCAAGGCCUGCCACCUGACCCUGACCCUGGACGAUUACCUCUUCAUCGCGUUUGUGGGCUUCGUGGUCUCCAUCGCAUCCGUGGCCACCAACUUCCUACUGGGCAUCACAGCCAACUGUUGCCACCGUUGGAGCAAGGCCAGUGAAGAGGAAGAGAUUUGACAUGGGUGCCUGGUGUCCCUCCACACUGCUGACAACCACUGCUGCUGACCCACCGGACACCCUCCCUGGCUGCCCACUCUGGCUCCAUGGUGCCCUGGUCGCCUUCAACAUGGCUCAAGCAAGGUCAGGAAACUACCUUUGUGUAAGCUCCUACUGUGCGCCAGGCACUGUGCUAGGAAUUUGGAAUGUUAGAUGAAUCCAACCUAGUCACUGCCCUCAAGGCACUUACUUCUAACAGAGGAGAGAGAUUUGAAAACUAUUCCCCUUAAGGCGAUUUGUCAUCACUCUGAGCACAUAGUUAUGGAAGCCCAGAGGAGGGGUCAUCAACUGUGCCUAGAACAGUCCAAGAGAAUUGCAAGAGUAGAGGUGAUUUUUGAACUGGGUCAUCAAAAAAUGUCUUCUUUGUCAAGUAUACAAAGAAGGGCAGACAUAAGCAAAUGACAGAGGCCAUAAUAUGCAUGGUGUGUUGAGAACAGUGAACAAUCCUUUGUAACUUAAGUGUAUAGAGUGGCACAAGACCAAAACUUUCCUGCUGACACUCAAUCUGUCAGCUCUUAGUGUUGCCCACCACUGCCUAUGGAGAGUGAGAAUGCACACAUGCCAGUUAGCCCCCUUGGCCUCCUACCAGCAGCUACCAAGUGAGACCACCUCAUAUUGACUGCCCCCCAUACUACAUCACCAACUGUAGCCUGCUGGCGAGGUCCCAGGCAAGUAGCAAGCUGAGGAUGGAUACCUUCGGUGCCCUGUCUCCUAUCCCUUUCUCCUGCCUCUUACUCAAGCUUUGACUUCAGAAGAGGGAAAUAGGAGGCCCAGCAAUGGGGCAGCAAGAGUCCUGGCACCCUGGGACUGCUAUUGCCAUGGUGCUCACGCCAAGGGAUCUCACCAGGAAAGUGCACUGUGAGCUACAGCCCUAUAGCAUGAUGGUACCCAGGACUGAAGGGGGGGAAGGCCACCACAGUUGUGACCGUAGGAGGAUCUGCUCUUUCUUUCUUCUAAGGAACUCACCCAUUUAAGCAUAAGGGUGAGAGAGCUAUUAAUUACCAAGCACUUAUCAGUGUCAGGCACUGUGAUAAGCUCUCUCCAUAGACAAUGCCCUUUAAUGCACACAACAGUCUUUUGAGGUGAGCAUUGUUGUUUUACAGAUGAGGAAAUUAAGGCUCAGAGAGGCUAACGUCACACGCUACUUAACAAGCAAAAUAAAGUCUGUACUCUUUCUACUACCCCAUUCAAGUUGGGGAACAGCACAGUUCCCGCUAAAGUUACAUAAGUUCAAAUUCAAGUAGUGCUGAUGAAGCUCCUAAUAAGGGCCAGGCACUCUCCUGGGUACUUUUAUAUCUACUGACUCAUUUGCUUCAAUUCUCACAGCAACACUGCCUGGUGGUUUUUAUCAUGCCCAUUUUACAGAUGAAUUAAUUGUAGAGAGCUCACCCAAGGUUAUCUGGAUAAACUCUAGAAGGAAGGCAAUAGGCAGCUCCAUUCAGGGAAACUGUGUCUAAUCGUCAGUCGAAAACAAAGUAACUUCAUGUGCCAAGCACAAUUAUCUCCAUUGUUGUCAUCAUCUUCAUCUUCCCCAUCAGUUUCAACAUUAUCUUCCUUAUUUCUGGUCAGCACUGGACAGUUCGUGAAAUGCUUUGGCAUCAUUCUCCUUGACUUUUCACAACCAUGUGUGAGAGGCAAACCAAAUGCCAUUACUCCUAUUUUACAGAUUGGAAAAUAGAGCCUCAAGAGUGAGUGUGACUUGCCUAAGUGUCAACUCCAAUUCAGUUCUCUUCCCAGUGUGUUCCCAGGUACUCGGGGAAGAGACUGCCUUGGAGGGCCGAGUAGGGGGGCCCCAGGAUUCAGCAGCCAUGAACAUAAAUAAAUAAAGGGCAGUGAAAGUCAGCUGCUGUGCAGAUUUAGAUAUGCUCACGGUAGGGCAAAUCACAGCCUCCAAAAUAUGACAGAUAAGAGCACAGAUAACAUCUGAAUAGGAGACACCUGCUUGCAGUGUGUAAACAACACAUUAGAACUGACGGCCAUGGUGGCAGUCACGCAAAAAAUAAGCGCUUUGGGAAACUGGAGAGGAAGCUGUGUCAACCCCUCCUACUCAAGCCUGCUGUGUUGUGUUGUAAGAGAUACAAAGGGUGCAGGAAAGCUAUGGGGUGAGAACCUCUGCAGCAUAGGGGAAGACUUUAAGGCACAGUCCACCACGUUGGCAAGGCUGGCCUAGAUGAGAAUUAAAACAGGGGCUUUCUACCUUGCCCCCAGCUCCAGCAAGCUUGUGUCAUCUCAUCCUCCUGGCAGUCCAAAAGGAAUAAAGGAGUAUAACAUAUCAUCUUCCAAGAAGUCUUCCCUUAUUUAUGCUUCCCUGAGCUAGUCAACCAAAAGAGUGCCCAGAAACUUUGCAAGACGUGGGAGUGGAACAUCGUGUCCCCUGAAUCUGGCUUACAACAUCUGGGCCAGAGCCCUGCUCCUGUGGUAUCUGGAGCAGAUCUGUCUGCUCUCUUCUGCUAUGUCCAGGAAUGGGCAGACUGGAGCUGCUCUCCACCAGCCAGUCUGACAGCCUAAACUAUUUGGAGAUGAACUUAUAGAAAUAAUAGUCCUGACACAAAUAGCUAAGCCUCCCAUAGAAGGACACCAUAUACAUCUAUGAUAAUCUGCUAGAGACUCUUGUUUGCUAAAACAUAGUUAAUACAUUUAAGAUAUGUACUUUUUUUGUCCAUAGAAGUAGAACCAAACAAGGCGUCAAAUGCCCCUUGAGAUCAAAUAUCCUUUCUAAUGAGACUAUUUAGCCCCCAUUAAUGGCAAACCUUUCUAAGUAGGAUACAUGGCUUUUAAAAAACAUAUGCUUCUCCAGCUGCUGGAAGGUCCGCAGUUCACUAAAGCACAAUGAAGAAAGCCUUCGACUUCCCCACUGCCAAGGAAUUCCACUUCUUGCCAGCCUCCCACUACCACCGUCUUGUGCAGACUAUCAGAAGCAAAAUUCUAGAGGCAUACUUCUAGAGGUCAUCUAACAGUCCUGGCUGGAACUGUUCCCACAACCCUGCUGACCAAGAACCCAUGAUGGUGUUCCUACAAGGCUUCACUAAGUUUUUUCCAGACUAGUCAACAUGUAACUAUUGGGGUAUCUCUGAGUCUGUGUGUCUGUUCAUGAGGUCCACGUGUAUUGGGUAUCUACUGAUAUGGGACCAAUCUCUUUGAAACUGGAGUUCAAUUUUCUGACAUAGUCUACUCAGCUGUCUGUUUAUUGCAUCAUUCAAUACACUAAGAUGGAAUCUCAUUAGAGUUGGGGUAGGUUAUAGCUGCUCAGAAAAUAUAAAAAGAGAGAACUAUGUGUCUGCUUCAGCCUAAUGACAGUCUGAAUGCUUCCCUCUGUUCUCCACCCCUCAGAGAUUUGUCCUCAUCACAGAAGCUUCCUUCAUGCUGGGCCUGAGGAUAUUGAAGUUUAGCUAACCAACAGGGCUGUGAUGAUCACUGGAUAGGGUCAAGAAAAUUGUUCUUUAGAAAAGACCCCACAUCUGCACCACAUCACUCUGGACCAGUUGUCUCUGGUCACCCUAUGACAAACCCUCAUCUGUUUCUCUAUUCCUACAGAGAUUCCCAGGGAACCCUGAAAAAUAGGCCCCCAGAGUUGCUUUAGAUUUUGCUGGCUCCUUUCAAGGAGUUUGGUGUAUGGAAUUUGAAUAGACCAAGACAAAUAUUUCUCUUCUACCAUCAGGAAAGACCUACAGCCUCCAAUUUCCCCAUAGAUGUCUUUGUUGAAAUCACUCUGACAUCCUUUCCAGUUCUAGAAGAGUAUAAAGAGACACAUUUGUCCAGUCCUCAGAAGAACAUCUUCCCAAAGCUGGAGAAAUUUGUCUAUCCUCCCCACCCCAGAAGGAGGCAAAGGGAAGUGAAGGAAGCAAGUUGUGAGUUCCUUUGUAAAUCACCAUCAUGUUCACCGCAGCACUGGGUGGAGAGCUCUGGAUCCACAGAGAUCUCAGCUUUGCUAAGUGCUGUCCUGUGGA